AUAGCACCAAUAUAUUUUCAUUCAACUCCACACCCAACAAAAGAAAAAAAAAAUCUCAUUCUAUUUCUUCAAUUUUUUGUUGUAUAAUCAAACAUCAUCACAAUUUUGAAGAGAUGGGAGAAAUGACAAGUUUUCAGUUGGGUGUGGUGGGAGCAUUGUUUUUAUCAGUGGCAUCAUCAGUUUCCAUUGUUAUUUGCAAUAAAGCCUUGAUGAGUAAUCUUGGUUUUCCUUUUGCCACAACAUUAACAAGUUGGCAUUUGAUGGUCACUUAUUGCACACUUCAUGUGGCACUCAAAUUCAAUUUCUUUGAGAAUAAGCCCAUUGACAUAAAGACUGUCAUGCUCUUUGGCAUAUUAAAUGGUGUAUCUAUUGGCUUUCUCAACCUUAGCCUUGGAUUUAAUUCCAUUGGCUUCUACCAGAUGACAAAGCUUGCAAUUAUACCUUUUACAGUAUUAGUUGAAACCCUUUUCUUGAAAAAACAAUUCAGCCAAAAUAUUAAAUUUGCAUUAUUCAUUCUACUUAUUGGAGUUGGCAUUGCUUCCAUUACUGAUCUUCAACUCAAUUUUGUUGGAACAAUUCUCUCCCUUCUGGCCAUUGUUACAACUUGUGUUGGACAAAUUCUUACAAACACAAUUCAAAAGAGGCUCAACAUCUCAUCUACACAAUUAUUGUAUCAAUCAGCCCCAUUUCAAGCAGCUAUACUAUUUGUUAGUGGGCCUGUGGUGGAUCAAUUCCUCACCAAACAAAGUGUUUUUGCCUACAAAUAUUCUCCUAUUGUUGUGGGAUUUAUAGUGUUAUCAUGUUUGAUUGCUGUAUCAGUGAAUUUCAGUACAUUUUUAGUUAUUGGAAAGACAUCACCAGUUACAUAUCAAGUGUUGGGCCACCUUAAGACAUGUUUGGUUCUUGGAUUUGGCUAUACAUUGUUACAUGAUCCUUUCACUUCAAGAAACAUUGUUGGAAUUCUUGUGGCCAUUAUUGGAAUGGGAUUAUAUUCCUAUUUUUGUGUCCAUGAAACAAAAAGGAAACAAGUUGGAGACCACUCUUCCAUUGCCCAAGUUAAAGAGAAAGAUACCACUGCACCGCUUCUAGCUGGGAAGAAUGGACAAGUUAAAGAAAACAACUCCCUUGUUUAAAUUUUAGGGUUAAAA